UUUUAAAAAAUACAGAUAAUUUUGAAACCGAUACCGAUAAUUUCAGAUAUUACAUUUUAAAGCAUUUAUCGGCCGAUAAUAUCGGCAUCUCUAAUCGAAAUACAUUUUGUAAUGUAAAAUAUUGGUAUAUGGUCAACUCUAGUUGCAACAAAUGGCACAAAAGGAGCAUCUGUGGUCAGAAUGUUUGUAACUGCUGUUAUUUGUUGCAGAGUCUUUUAGGAAUGGUUGAAAGGACAGUGUUGUGUGUCUGACAAAGGACAAAGGUCUUCUAAGACAAACCAAACAGUCCAGUCGGGUUGGAUUGAAGGCCCUGAGAAUACAAAUGAGAUGCAUGAGAAGAUCCUUAGACCGUGGCGACUACCUGCUUGGGAUGCGAUCAUCAGUGCUGUGUUGCCUUCAUGGUCCUGGUGGUUGAUGUCUACAUGAGGACAGGUGUUCAGCGCGUACACAAUGUCCAGGAAGCCUUUGCAGCAAGCCACCAUCAAGCCGUUCUGUGGAGGACCCAACUCACCGACCCUCUGCAGAGCGGCCAGGUUGUUGCGGGCGCACGCCUGGUAGAGAGUGGACGCCGUCCGCCCGUCCCAUGUUUCCCGCGAGUAGUCCGGAAGCACGGAGUCGUCGGACAGGAUGCUGUCCGAGUCCCACCCCGACGAAGACCCGUCCUCCUCGUCGGGACCCGGACCCAAGUGAGGGUCCUCCACCGCCCUGGCCAUGGUCCAACAGCAGGGAGUGAUGAGGUGGAGAUGAAGGGAGAGGACUUGGACAGAAGAGAGCUGAAGGAUGAAGACUUAGGCAGACCUGCAUGGGAGGACUGAAAACCUUAUGGAAGACAAAGCUGAUGAAGCUGCAGCAGGGGAGAACCGUUGGUAGAUGACCACCGAGAUGGAGUUCAAGUGGGCCAGGAGGUCCAGUGUGGCUGCAGGAUGCAAAGCCGAGUCGUACUCCGUGGCGACCAUCGACGGUACCAUUAGCCCGGCGGCCCGCCAGCCCUCCGGCAGCUCCAGCCCCAGCUCGGGAGGACCGCGGCGACCCGUCAGCACCUUGAAGAAGUGGCUCACCAGUCCGGUCCGCAGGCUCAGCUCUGACACCAGAGGAGGAGCGGGGCGGGCGGAGAAGCAGAUGUGCGGCUCAGACGCCAGGCGGCCGCCGUCGCUCCUUUCCCACGGCCGAGUGCGCUCCUUGGACGUGCGUGACGACGACCACACCUCCUCACCCUCGGCAGAUAUGGUGUGUCCAGGAGCUUCGUCUUCUUGUCAGAGUCACCUUUCGGACCUUCUGCAAGGCGGCGAUGCUUUUAAUCUUAGCCACAAAUCCAGCACCAACACAGUCCAAGGUGAGGACCGCUGCACUGCGACCGAGGAUGCAGGAAGCCGGUGGUCCUCGGACAGCCAGGAGGACAGAAACAUUGCCUUGGAGAAGAGCUUAUAUGUGCUGUCAGAGCUCAUAGAGACUGAACGCUUGUAUGUGGAGGAUCUUGGACUCAUCAUACAGGGCUAUAUGGCGACCAUGGCUGAUCAGGGCGUCCCAGAAGUCCUUAAAGGGAAAGACAGGAUUGUGUUUGGAAACAUCCAUCAGAUCUAUGACUGGCAUAAAAGUUAUUUUCUGGCUGAGCUGGAGAAAUGUGUGGCUGAUCCCGACACCUUAGCCCAGCUCUUCAUUAAGCAUGAGCGUCGACUUCACAUGUACGUGGUGUACUGUCAGAACAAACCCAAAUCCGAGCACGUUGUCUCAGAGUACCUUGAGACCUUCUUUGAGGAUCUCAGGCAGCAGUUGGGUCACCGGCUGCAGCUCAACGACCUGCUGAUCAAACCCGUUCAACGCAUCAUGAAGUAUCAACUUCUACUGAAGGACUUCCUGAAGCAUUACAGCAAAGCGGGCAGAGAUGUGGAGGAGCUCCAGAAGGCCGUAGAGGUGAUGUGCUUCGUGCCGAAACGCUGCAACGACAUGAUGAACGUGGGCCGGCUGCAAGGCUUCGAGGGGAAGAUCACGGCGCAGGGGAAGCUUCUCCAGCAGGACACGUUCUCUGUGAGCGAGCAGGAGGGCGGCUUACUGUCCAGGGCCAAGGAGAGGAGAGUCUUCCUGUUUGAGCAGUUGCUCAUCUUCAGCGAGCCCAUUGACAAGAAAAAAGGCUCCUCUUUACCUGGUUACACUUUUAAGAACAGCAUAAAGGUCAGCUGCUUGGGCGUCGAGCAGAAUUGUGGCGAGGACCCGUGCGGUCUGGUCCUGACGUCCCGCGGCACAAACGGCAGCGUGAGCCGCUACGUCAUGCAGGCCUCGUCCCCGGAAAUACGACGCACUUGGUUCAGCGACCUGAUGCAGAUCCUGGAGACCCAAAGGAACUUCCUAAACGCCCUCCAGUCUCCCAUCGAGUACCAGCGGAGGGAGAGCAAAUCCAGCAGCCUCGGCAGGAACAGGAAGUCCCCCGGUGGGCCUCGGUCUUCCUCGAGUGCAUCCAUGGACCGCCUUCAGCAGCCCGGCCUGCUGUCCCUCAACACCUCCCUGCCGUCGCUGCGUCCGGCCCAGCAGAGCCCAGCAAUGACUGCGAGGGUCUCGAACCCGCGUGCCACCACACGUCCGCAGCUGGGUUUACGGCCAGAAGCGACGACACGCCACGGGGCGGCCCAACAGGGGGUGACCGCCAGCUUCCAGACCACCACACUUUUGGAUGGAGCGCCACCUUUGGAUGUUUGAACAUAUCGUCAUGGAUUUAAAAGACUUAAUUUUUUUUUUUUUUUACCAGGUUCAGAUGUUUGGAGGGCAAAAUGUAUUCAAGAUUAUUUCCAUUCAUUUGCAUGAAUAUUUUUCUACCGCAUCAUUGUCCCCUGAAAAGAGAGGAAAUGUCCACAAAGACAUUUAAUGACUGGUUAAAAUGCGCUUUUACUGAAAGGGCGAUGGAGAAAAACGUGUCCGUACUUUUUCAGGUUUCCUUUCAUCUGUAAAUAAAAUCAACCAGCAAAACGUUUGAAUCCAUCUCACAGCUGACCAAUUUUAGUGUGAUGACGACCAUAGAAGAGGAAGUAGACAUUUAUUUUUGUUUAGGGCAAAAGUUGGUUAAAAAAAAAAUUUACCAACAUUUUUUUGUGCCCUUUGAAAAAUGAAGGACUUUUAUAAUAAUAAUAAUAAUAAUAAUAAUGCUUAGAUUGACAUAGUUUGUCGCACCCUGUUUGGUUUUGGAGUAUUGCUGAAUAACUGCCUGUGAAUCAUACACCUUGAAAAAUAAUUGGACAUCAGCAUUUUUUUAAAUUCUACAUGAAAAAAACCCUAUUAGGAAAAAUUGUGUAUAAUGGGGUAA